UUCGUGUUCAGAACCUCACCAUUUGACCCAGUCAUUCGAAUUACCUGAAGGUCCAUAUCAAAGUCAGCAUGGCUUGGCGUAAUCUCGGAUACGAAGUAUACAAAAAAGAGAUGGGAGAGGAAAUGUUCAAAAAGAAGAUAGAGGAAUUCGAAAAGCCUCUUGCUCCACCUGGUUUUUUCUCCCAAAGCAAAAUCGCAUACGAUACCACCAGACUGAAGUUACUCUUCGGCACGAAGGUGUUAAUCAAGGGACAGCGGGGCACACAUCCCAUUGGAGUUGGAGCCGAGGGAAUCGCAACUAUUGUCUCUAAUCCAAAGAUUCCACCGUGCGAGUUUUUCACACCGGGACGUUCUUACCCAGUCUGCCUCCGUCAUUCGACCAUACAGUCCGUGGAUGACAUAUUGAUUGACUUCUGUGGCGGGUCCAUAAGAUUUGCCGGAAGUGAUGAUAUGGAAAGUCCUUGCGAUAUUGUUAUGGGGACUGGAGAGACAACACCGUUGUGGAGCGCUCAGGCCAUUUUUGAUGCAGUGAAAGCCAAGAUUUCAAAAGAUUUGAAAACUUAUUUGCUGAUAGGACCUGACCACCUAAAAGCCAACAUUGGGGGCUUGCGCCAGAAGCCUGAAUCGUUUUACGACCAGCGUUACUACUCUGAGGCGAUUUUCGAAUUCAAAGCGUUCGAUGGUGUUAAGCGUUACGUCAGAUUCCGUAUGAUGCCCGCUGAUGGGCGGCCAGAAACAGGCUUAUUGUCUGAGGAAGUCCAGCAGCAUCCAUGGAUAAAUGAAAGGUCACCCGAUGAGACCUUACCAAUGGACUAUCUCAAGCGUGAGUACAGAGAGAGAAUUUCCAAGGGACCACUCGACUAUAAACUACAGCUGCAACUUCAUGAACCUAAGGAAGGUGAUGUGCCAUGGAUACUUCAUGUUGGGAGGGAAUGGGACGAGGAAACGCACCCGUGGUUAGAUUUGGCUGACAUCAAAGUGACGUCAUUACUGUCUCCAACCGCAACGGAACGCCUGAAGUUUAUAUAUCUAAACCUUCCAGCGUCAAUUGGUCUUUUGCCGGCCGUAUCUGUUGAUGAUCCUAAUGUUGUUCUUCACAUUCGUAACGAAGUGUACCUCUGGUCUCAGAAGCUACGGAAAAACAGAUCAAAUAAGCUUGUCCCAGAGCACCUCGCGUCCUAUCUUAUCCGUGUGGAAACUGGAUCUCAGUCUGGAGCAGGGACGGACGCCUCCAUUUCUAUUUCGUUGACAGGUACUAAAGGAAAGACAGAUCGUAUGAAGUUGGAUAACUGGGGCAAUGACUUUGAGAGAGGAGACGUUGACGAGUAUAUGGUAGAAGCGAUGGAUGUUGGCAAAGUUCUAAUGGUGCAUCUUCAUAACGACCAAGGUGGCUGGUGGUACAAAAAUGCUGAUUGGUUUGUCAACAAAAUCGCGGUGAUAAGUUCCUCUCAGGAUGAGCCAUUUGAGUUUCCAUGUUAUCGCUGGGUGCUAUCGGAUUUGGUAGUAUUUGAAGGGAGAGCUAUUCUUCCAUUUAAAGAGCAGCCAGAUGCCCUCAAAAGUCAGAGAACUCUUGAAGUGAGAAAUCGCCAGGAGCUUUACAAGUGGGGAAAUAAGGAAGAGUACAAGUAUCUUCCUGGGUAUCUUCAAGCUGAGACACACGCCGAUAUCCCAAGAGAUUCACAGUUUUCCGACGAGGCCAGGGGUACCUUAGAGGAUAACCAGCGCAAAGCGGCUGUCGACCUCGGUCUUACCUAUCUGACUUCUCUUUUCGAUAGCUGGGAUAAUUUUGAUGAUUUUGAGAAGAUCCUUCACAGAGCAUGUGAUGGUAGCGUACCAAAGAUCGUCGAGAAUGACCGAUGGAAGACCGACAAGGCAUUCGGGUCAAUGUUCUUAAACGGCGUUAAUCCCAACGUUAUCCGACGUUGCGAGAAGUUACCGAGUAAUUUUCCAGUCACUGAAGAAAUGGUGAAGACACUUUUGGAUCGUGGAAAGACACUGCAAGAAGAGAUGGAGGCAGGUCAUGUGUACAUUGUUGAUUACAAGGUGCUUGAAGGAAUUCCUGAAAAAAAGGGAAAUCACUCGGCCCAACCUUUAGGGCUGCUUUAUGUCGAUAAAUCAGGUGACUUGGUGCCCAUCGCCAUUCAGUUACUACAGCAACCAGGUGACACCAAUCCAAUAUGGACUCCAAGUGAUUUACAAUAUGAUUGGCUGUUGGCAAAGAUGUGGCUUCGUUACGCUGACAAUACGAUUCAGCAG